UUACAGUCUACUUCAACUUCGUUUCGCACCAUUUAAAAUUCUUUUAUAUACAAAAAAAAAAAGUGGUCUAUACUCUUGAAGGAUUUUUGUUGAGCAACAUGUUCAUAAAAGGUCAUGUUGAAUUGAAAUUUUUCAUUCAAGAAGCUGCAGAGACUGGAUGAGUCUUAUGAUGAAUUUUUACAUUUAACGAAAUUGAAUAAAUAUCAACAAGCAUCAUUCAAAUAUAAAUUUAAUUAAACAAAAUAAAAUUCAUCAAUAUAUAGAAGAAAUGAUCGAUCAUAAUGAUCAUAUUUUAAUUGUGUGUGUUAUUUUUUUGCAGACUUGAAAUAUGAAGCUGAAGUUGAAGACAAAAAAUUAAACCAAUUGAAGAAAAUUAAAUUAAAACAAAUGGCGCCUGACUGCGCGGCGAACACAGAAAAAGAGUGAGAGAAAAAUUAUAAGAAAAGAAGAAAGAAAGACACCGGGUGUGUUGUUGGGUUGGUUUGGAGGAAUCACAAGGAAUUCAUCAUAAGGGGCCACCAAGUGUGUACCAUCAGCACCAUCAUUUAUCUGCAUCAGUUAUCUAUAUAUUAUUCAAGGGAGGAGUAAAUUUGUCCUCGUGGCUUCAUUCUGCUUCAUCAAGAAGACUUAAGACAAGUUAUUUAACGCCAUUGUUGACUGUCGAGGGUCAUCCGAAGUUGCUGAUGAAUAUUCACUAGUGAAGGUGAUUUUUUUUUUGUUUAGGUUUUAAAUAUAUAUUUUUAAAUGUCUUCAAAGUCACCACGUUUAAGAGCACUUCGUGCAAGACCAACUUCAACAACAGUUGACAAAGAUGCACAAAAAAAAACAGAUUUACAAGAUGACAAUGUUGAUGAAAUGUCUGAUGAAAAUAGUGCUGAUAAUGUUGAUGUAAAUCCAGCUGAAAAUAUAAAUGAUAAAGCUGAUGAAACUGAUGAAAUUAUAGCUGAUAAUAAUGAUGACAAUGAUGAUGAUGAUAAAAUAGUAACUGAUAAUCAAGAUGAAAGUAAAAAUGAUGAGGCUGAUGAUAGUAAAACUGAUGAGGUUGAUGAAAGUAAAACUGAUGAGGUUGAUGAAGGUAAAACUGAAGAGUCUGAUGAAGGUAAAACUGAAGAGUCUGAUGAAGGUAAAACUGAAGAGGCUGAUGAAGGUAAAACUGAAGAGGCUGUUGAAAGUUUAACUGAAAAAAUUGAUGAGAAUUUAACUGAAAAAAUUGAUGAGAAUUUAACUGAAAAAAUUGAUGAAAAUUUAACUGAUAAACUUGAUGAGAAUUCAACUGAUAAACCUGAUGAAAAUAAAACUGAAGAGCCUAUUGAAAAUUCAACUGAAGAGCCUGAUGAAAAUAAAACUGAAGAGCCUGUUAAAAGUUCAACUGAAGAGCCUAUGGAAAGUUCAACUGAUAAACCUGAUGAAAAUGUAACUGAUAAACCUGAUGUAAUAAAUUCAACUGGAGAACUUACUGGAACUAUAACUAUGACAUAUGUAACAGAUGAAUUAAAUAGUCUUCAGUAUGAUGAUGAUGAUGAUGAUGAAGAUGAAAAUGCUAUUGAUUAUAUGGAUGAAGAUGAAAAUGUCGAAUUAAAAGAUGACGAAAGUGAUUCUGAUAAUGAGUCAAGACUUGUUAUUAAAGAAGAAGAAAUAGAAGAACAUACAAUUGAUGAUAAACAAGAUGAUAAUACAACUAACAAUCAACAAGAUGAAACAUUUAAUUGUGAAUCUUGUAAUUUAAAACCAGGAUUUAUAAAUCUUGCUGAUUAUUUAGAUCACAUGAAAGACAAUCAUCAAGAAAAGAAUCAACAAUGGGGUUUUAAUAAAAAUACAAUAAUAAUGAAUAAAAAAUAUAGUACAACUGUUAAAGCAUUAAAAUGUAAACAGUGUAAAUAUAUUGCUGUUAAUACAAAUGAUUUGGAUUGUCAUCAACGUUUGAAUCAUCUUAAACGUCGUUAUUUUCGUUGUAUGAAAUGUUCAUACGCAACACAUGUACGUGCAAGAUUUACAAAACAUGUUAAAUAUCAUUCAAUGCCAAUGAUUAAAUGUAAUGAUUGUGAUUUUAAAACACCAUACAAGUGGAAUUUAGAUAGACACAAUAGAAGUCAUGCUGGUGGUGGUCCAUUACAAUGUCGUGCAUGUAAUUUUACAGCAGAUAUUAGACAAAGUUUAACUGUUCAUGAAUUAAAUCAUCAUGAUCCACCAGUUGGUAAUAUGAGUAAAAAUAAUUUAAUAGAAAGAAUGAAUAAAAAUUUAUUAAAACGUCACAAUCAGGUUGGUGGUAGUGAUUAUCGUGAUCAAUCAAAAUCACCAAUUGAUAAAUUAAAUAAUGAACAAAUGGAAAUUGAUGAUGAAUUAACAAGUGAAAUGGUUGAUAAUACUGGUUGUAUUGCAUUAAGUUGUUGUGAAAAAGGUUGUCCAUUUGUAACAUCAUGGGAUUCAGAAAUGCAAAGACAUUUAUCUGAGGUACAUAGUGAAUCACAAUCACCAACAAAUAAAUUAAUGAAAAAACCAAUACCAAUGUUGAUACCACUUAGUCCUGGUAGUAAAACAUCAAGUGUAACAUCAUCAUCAUCAUCAAAUGAAAAAAUACAAAAUUCAUUAAAUGUACCAAGAGUUAGAGUUAGACCAGAGCUUGCUAAAAUUGCAAGAGAUUCUGAAAUUGCAAAAUUAUACAGAAGUCAUGAGUCAUCAUCACAGACGUUUGAGAAACCUGUUAAUUCAAUUAAAGUAAGGGAUUCAAUAUUUUUGGAUAAACUAAAAGAUCAUCUUAAUUCAACAAAGCCAAUAAGUGGAAUAACAAAUUCUCUAAAUGAUAAUAUAACAAUAAAUAAUUUAAAAUGUUGGUGUACAUAUCAAGCAACAUGUCAAAAUGAUUAUGAUAAUCAUAAAAAAACUCAUCAUACUGCAUUGAGUGUAUUAAAAAUAGAUGAUGAUAAUGAUGAUGAUGAAGAUUAUAAUGAUUAUGAUGAUAAUGAUGAUCAAACAAGAUGUAAUAAAUGUUUUAAAAUAUUUGAUAAUGUUGUUGAUAAAAAUUUACAUAUACAAAAUUGUUAUAAUGAAGAUACAAGUUACAACAAUAGUCUUGAAUUAUCCGAUCAAAUGGAAUGGAAUUGUUAUCAUGGUGGAGUUAAUACAUCUGUAGCCUCGAUUAAUGGAUAUACAACAAAAAGUGAAAAUAUUAAAAAAAGAAAAGUAUUUAAAUGUCCACAUUGUGUAUUUUGGGCAGCAACAGCAAGUAGAUUUCAUGUACAUAUUGUUGGACAUUUAAAUAAAAAACCAUUUGAAUGUUCACUUUGUUCAUAUAAAUCAAAUUGGCGAUGGGAUAUUACAAAACAUAUUAGAAUAAAAGGAACAAAAGAUUCUGAUCAUGUUAAUGCUCGUGUACUUAUGACUGAUGAAACUGGAAGAAGAAAUUAUUCAAAAUAUAAUAAAUAUAUUGUUGAGAUGAAUGUAUCAAGUGGACAUGAUUCACAUUACGAUGAAAAUCAAGGUGAUUCACCAAGAAAAAAGAAAAAAUUAUCACACAUAAGAUCAUCAGAACAACCUGAUUUUCGUUCAUCACGUGUUAUUUCACAAAGUAUUAAAAAUUCAUUAUCAGUUGAUGUUAAUUCAUCAUCAUCAUCAUCACAAUCAUUAUAUAAUAAUAAUAAUUAUUAUAAUGAAAAUUUAUUAAAAAUACAUACAUCAACAACAAAUAAAAUGCCAAAUUUAUCAAAUAUAUCAGUUGAUAAUUUAACGUCAUCAAUACGAAAUGAUGAAACAAGACAAUGGAGAUGUAAAAUAUGUGAUUAUCGUUCACCAAAUAAACAGUCAAUUUUACAACAUGUUAGUGCUCAUUAUGGUACACUUAUAAAUCAACAAAAUCCAGCAAUAAUAAUAAACAACACGACUACCACAAAUACCAACAUCAAAAACAGCAGCAGCAGCAACAACAUCAUCAACAACAACAACAAUAUUGACAAUGGUAAAAGUGUUAAUUAUAAAUGUGAUAUAUGUCCAUUUAUUUCAAAAGAUGAAUCAAUAUUAAAAGAUCAUAAAAAAUAUCAUCUUACUAAUCUUGGAGCUGUAUUUAAAUGUUUUUAUUGUCCAUUUUAUGUGAAUAAAAAAGCUUUAUUACUUGAACAUGCUGUUCUUCAUAAUAAAAUUAUAAAUGAUAAAGAUAAGACAAAUCAAAAUAAUGAUUGUAUUAAAACAUUAAAUAUAUCAUUAUUGUCGUCGUCGUCGUCGUCGUCAUCAUCUUCAUCAUCACCAGCAAUAGCACCAGCAGUAGCACCAACAGUAGCACCAGCAGUAGCACCACCACCACCACCACCUCCACCACCAUCAUCAAUACCAAGUGGAUCAAAUAUAAAUAAUGCACCACCAAUACUUCUUGAUACACGUGCAUUAUCAGAAAGUCCAAUGGUUUGGGUAUCACGUAAUAAUGGUGAAUUUUUAAAAAUGUUAAAAUGUCGUUAUUGUCCUUAUAUAUCAUCACGUCGUGCAAAUGUACGUGAUCAUGAAACAAUGCAUUCAUUAAAUUUAAAAAAAUUACAAAGUUAUAUAAGAUGUACUGAUUGUAGUUUUAGUUGUCAAAAAAAUGAUCUUAUGGAUAUACAUAAAAAUAUACAUAAAGGUGUACUUGGUACAGUACAUUGUCUUGUUGAUAAUAAUCGUAAUGAUAAACAACAACUUGAUGAUUUAAAAAUACUACUUGGAAUAAAUAGUAUAAGAACAAUUGGUAAAGAACCAGAUGUAAAUGAUGCUAGAAUUGUAUUUUCAUGUUAUAUGUGUCCAGCAAUAUUUUUAUAUGAAAAAGAAUUAAAUAUACAUUUACGUGCACAUAGUAAUAAAACAUCAUUAGCAUAUACAUGUGAAUGGUGUACAUAUACAGCAAGACAAGAAUUACAUUUACAAUCACAUUAUCGUGUACAUGCUGAUGAAUAUCAAGUUAAAACACAUCAUUUACAAGAUAUAUAUGGAUGGUCACAACGUUAUCCACCACCAAUGACAGCAUGUGUUGAAACAAAUAAAAAUGAUUUAAAUCAUAUUAAUAAAUCUUUAAGUACUGCAUGGAUUGUUGUUGAACCAGGCUCACCAAAUAAUAUUAAUAAUACAAAUCAUAAAAAAAAUAAUUAUAAAAAUAAUAAUACAAAUAUUAAUAGCCAAGAAAAACCAUCUAGAAGUGGUGGUGGUCGUGGUGGUGGUGGUAGUAGUCGUGGUGGUAUUAUUGAUGAUGAACAAUCAAAUGUAUUUAAAUGUGAAAAAUGUCCAUCAAAAUAUUUUAAAAUUGAUGCAUUAAAUUAUCACAAAACAUUACAUGGCUCAAAUAAUCAUUUUAAAUGUCAACAAUGUGAUUAUGCAUCAAAAACAUCACAAAAUUUAAUAAAACAUCAAGUUGUUCAUCGAAGAUAUUAUCAAACAAUUGCACCUAAUAUUAAUAAUCAUAAUAAUAAUCAUCAUAAUGAAAGUCAUGAAGUAAAAAAUACUGAAAAAUUAAAUGAUAUUAAUAUACAAAAUAAUAUAAUUAAUAGCACUAAUAACAAUAAUAAUAGUGUCAUUAAAAAUACAGAUGAUAAUGUUAAAAAUCGAAAAAUAUAUAAAUGCAAAAAAUGUCCAGCAAUAUUUAAUGAACGUUAUAAAUUAAAGGUACAUUUAUCAACGCAUUCUUUAACAAAUCAACGUUUUAAAUGUGAUAAAUGUGAUUAUUCAUCAUCAAAUUUUACAAAUUAUACAAAACAUAUAACGGAACAUGAUAAUUAUGAUAAUAUUAAUAAACAAAAUGAUAUUAAUAAUGAUGAUAAUAUUGUUAUUGAUGAAAAAAUUGAUGUUAAUAUUGUUAAGGAUGAUGAUGAUGAUGAUGAUAAUGAUGAUAAAGAUAUAAUAAAUAAAACAAGUAGAAAAUCAAUAUCAAGUAGUGAUAAUAUUUAUCAGACAAAAAUAAAAGAUGAUUGUUCAGUAAUAUCAAAUCAGGAUAAACAAUCAAUAUUAUUAAUGCAAAUAAAAAAUAGUAAAUUAGAAAAUAAUGAUAAUAAAGUUUAUAAUCAUUUAAAAUGUCAUGAUUGUCCAUAUGUUACAAAUGACAAAGAUUUAUUUGAUCUUCAUAAAAGACGUCAUCGUAGUGAAUCACAAAUAUUACCAUGUCCACAUUGUAAUUAUGUACCAAAAAAAGAUGAAAAUAUUAAUGAACAUAUUAAAUUACAUUUUACAAGAUUAUAUAAACCUGAGGGAUAUCUUGUUAUUGAUAAUAUAACAUUAAAUAUGAAAUUAAUUGAUGAGAGUAAAAAAUCAACAUAUAAUGAUGAAUUAUUAUUUCGUCAAGUUGAUGAUCAUACAUAUUUACCAUAUUCCGAUUUUUCAUCUGUUAUUUUAUCAUCUAAAAAUAUAAAAGAUCAACAAAAAAUUAUGAUUGAUCCUAAUACUGGAGAGACAACAAAUUCAUACAGAAUUUGAAAAGUAUAAUUGAAAUUUCUUUUAUUUUUCAUUUAAAGUUUUGAUGUCAUUUUGAUUUAAACAAUCAAAUUGGUUUUUUUUUUUUUUAUUCAA